UCCAGGCCCAGAUCAAUGAUGUGACGUAAAAAAUGCUGUGCUCGUCAUUCUCCAUCGCAAGACUAGCCAUUCCGGCGGUCUCUAUACUGAUUUCUUUUCUCGCGUAUACGUCGCAGUAUUUCUUCCUUCAUUUCAAGGAAGCUUCCCUGAGAAGAGAUGAAGUUUGGCGGAUCAAUUUUUUCGCCCUGUGCAUCUGGAUCUGCUACUACCGGGCUUGCACCGUCAAUCCGGGUCGUAUUCCAGAAGGAUGGGAACCGAAGGAUCGCCAGUCGCUGAAGGCCGAUCAAGCCGACGGCCGGCAACGGUGGUGUCGGAGAUGUGAAGCUUUCAAACCACCGAGAGCACAUCACUGCAAGACAUGUCGAAGAUGUAUACCUAAAAUGGACCAUCAUUGUCCGUGGACGUCUAAUUGCGUCUCUCACUUUACCUUUCCGCAUUUCAUUAGGUUUUUGUUCUAUGCGGUGGUUGGGAUGUCGUACCUUGAGACUCUGCUUUUUGAGCGAGCGUCAAUUGUUUGGAAGUCUCGAAACCUUCCAAGCUACAUGGGACCUAGUGCAGGACAAUUAGGGCACCUAUUUGCUUUACUCGUCACCAAUAGUUUGACGGUAUUUGCACUCUUCAUCCUCCUUGUGCGAACCUUAUGGUCGCUCGGCACAAAUACGACCACGAUUGAAUCAUGGGAAAUUGAACGACACGAGACUCUUGUUCGGCGAGCGCGCCACUUCGGAGGAUUCCUGCCAGGACCCGGAGGGAUCAGUGUGCAAAUCAAGAAGCAAGAGUUUCCAUACGACAUCGGCAUCUGGUCGAAUAUCAAAGCAGGAAUGGGUGGGAGCCCCAAUGUGCUAAGCUGGUUCUGGCCAUUGGCUCGGACUCCUCACAGGAGCACCGGCUUGGAGUAUGAGGAGAAUGGCUUUGAGGACGCUAGCGUUUCAUGGCCUCCUCCCGAUCCAGAUCGUAUUCCACUACCAGCAAGGGGCCAGGCGAAUAGUGCUGCGUUUGCGUCAGGAGCGACUGGGAACUUUGAGAUUGAUGCCUUCAAUAGACGAAAAGCGGAAGAUUUGAAGCGCCAGAAAACCUCAAUCGAGGUACAACGGCGCAAGCCAUUCCACGUCAGGUUCGAUGACUCACUGUCGACUUCAUCUUCAGAAGACGGCGAUUACAGUGACAAUGGUUCUGUUGACGGCGAGGAAUCCUGGAAGAACUCCGAAGGGGAACGUCUACGCGACUUUGGCGUCGAUGAGGAAGUUGAGUUUUACGACGAAGAGGACAUCCCACUGGCCAUUUUGAUGCAGCAACGGAGGCAAAAGGCGCAAUGAAACAGCUUUACACGAGUAAGAAUCAUAGACCGAAGCUAUCAAAGAAUGCAUGCCUUUUAAGUCCUCUGUGCAACGUCUUACAGUCCCACAUAUCCAAGCCACUCACUACUAUCUCCAACGCGAGUUACCCCGGUCUGCAAGAUCUCACAUAUGUCUUGUAUGGCCACUUCUCUCCUUUCGGGCUCGAGCACUUCCAGAAGCGAAGCCCCCAUAAGACGAACCUAGCCUGCCAGCCCGCCUUGAGAACGGAACUUGUAAGUAGCGUCGGUCGAUGCUCCGCCGAGGACCUCAUCAACGCCUGGGAGAAAUAACUCGGCGAAUCUUUAUCUCCACAGCUGAUAUCUAGGAUCUUGUUUGUUGGUUCCGGGUCGAGAUGACGGGAGUCUGGGUCAGCUUCGGGAUGAAGGCUGCGAUGCUAGAGUACGCUGUUCUUACGUUAGAUCGUGUAGGCGGCAUGAUGAAGCUGGUCAGUCAGUAUAUCGCCCCUGGUGACCAGUGGUCCUCUUGGUGAUCGGACUGCGCGGUAGACGAGGCCAUGAGAAAGAGUUGGGUUUCCACAGCUGGACGUCGACCAGUUAGACGAAAACUCUAACGAAUCGAACAUUACUCCGUGAAGUCUCUCCUCAACGCACAUCUAUUCGGUUGCUUCCAAUUUGAAAACAACUGUGGUUCAUGCAUGGCUACAGCCGAAAUGCCGAGUCGAUCUGCUGUCCUGUCAGUAGUUCCAGGCACCAAGGCAUCAACUGAACACGGUCGCAGAGACCCGCAUGCUUCACCAAGAAAGGAAAAGCGCCCAUCUGAAACCUCGUCAAUUUUGUACAAGACACAAGUUUAUGCAUAAACUCCGCAAACAUGGAGAACAGCCGGUUUCCGAAGGAGAAUUCCAGGAAGUGGGAACCUGCUUCUCUUUAGUAAAAUCAUUUGCAGUGUGCCAAGCAUCGCCCGCCAGUAAGACCGCAAUUUCCCCAUCCUCCUGACAGAGGUCGCUACGGCUCCAGGAGAG